UAUAGAGGCAAUUCCCUCCAUCAGAUCAACGGCCUGUGAUCGGCGGCCUGUGAUAGCCAUGUUAUUUGAACAGUCAUGGAGAGCAAAAGCAUCGGACAUAUCUUUAGGAGAAAUAUAUCUAUUCGACAGAAUGUCACCAUCCUGUUUACGCUAACUUAGUUACCCAGCUCCAUAUGGCCGAGGGUCGAUUUUGCCCUCGCAGCAAUCAGAUUCCACGCUCACUCAAUAAUAAUAAUGGUGUAUUGGUGUCACGGGUGGGCUCGCCGGGACCAAGACGAAAAUGCCCUCUGUCUCGGGAUCCGUACCGUGCCCAGUCGUAGCCACUUUUCUUCAAAGUCAACUUUUUGCCUCGGGGCAAAAACCUGCCUGGCGCAGGUGUUGAACUCAUGCCGCUGCGGAUAAUUUCUUCGCAUGUUCGUUGAUAUACAGCUGAUAUAUGUUUCUGCUGUCUUUUUAUAUCUUGCUCCGUCUUUUAUCUACUCACUGACACAGCGUCAGCUUAAUGGAAAAUAUAUUGAAAGCUUGAGGUGAAUACCAGGCUUGGUUAUUGAGAAUCCCAGGUGCAAAUCGCCGAGACCUGGCUUGGGGUAUUUUUUUCAUCUCGCUGUCAACCAAUUUUCCUUUUUAUUUUAUUUUCUGAUUGUUAAUUUUUGAAUCAUAAACCUGAUUCAUAGGUAAAAAAAACAGCAAUCAUGGCUUCAAUUGAGCAGGAAGAGCAGCAAUACCUGGCUGAUGUUCAGGCAGUUAAACAAUGGUGGCAGGAUUCGAGAUGGCGGUACACCAAGCGGCCGUUCACUGCCGAGCAAAUUGUGGCUAAGAGAGGAAACUUGAAGAUUGAAUAUCCAUCAAAUGUUCAGAGCAAAAAGCUAUGGAGACUCCUCGAGGAUCACUUCAAGAACAAAACUGCCAGUUUCACCUAUGGCUGCUUGGAACCUACUAUGCUUACCCAGAUGGUGAAAUAUCUCGACACCGUCUACGUCUCCGGCUGGCAGAGCUCUUCCACUGCAUCAUCAACCGACGAGCCUUCCCCCGAUCUUGCUGAUUACCCCAUGAACACGGUACCCAACAAGGUCAACCAAUUAUGGAUGGCUCAGUUGUUCCACGAUCGCAAGCAGCGCGAGGAAAGAUUGAGGGCUUCUAAGUCGCAACGCGCAUCGCUUGCCAACAUCGAUUACCUCAGACCCAUCAUUGCGGAUGCCGAUACCGGCCAUGGAGGCUUAACCGCUGUCAUGAAGCUGACCAAGCUUUUCAUCGAACGCGGAGCUGCUGGUAUUCAUGUCGAGGAUCAAGCUCCCGGAACGAAGAAGUGUGGCCACAUGGCUGGCAAAGUCCUGGUGCCCAUUAGCGAGCACAUCAACAGACUUGUGGCCAUCCGUGCACAGGCUGAUAUUAUGGGAACCGAUCUCUUGGCUGUUGCCAGAACGGAUUCGGAAGCCGCAACCCUCAUCACCUCCACCAUCGAUCACCGGGAUCAUGCCUUCGUUAUCGGCUCCACGAACCCUAAUAUCAAGCCACUCAACGACCUGAUGAUGGCUGCUGAACAGGCCGGCAAGACUGGAGCCCAACUCCAGGAAAUCGAGGACAAAUGGAACGCCGAAGCCGGACUGAAACUUUUCUCCGAGGCCGUUGUUGAUCAAAUCAAGGCUAGCUCUGUCUCCAACAAGCAGGCAGUUAUCGACAAGUUCCUGCGUGAUGUCAAGGGCAAGAGCAACCAGGAGGCUCGCGCCAUCGCCAAGGAACUCACCGGAGUAGAUGUCUACUUCUGCUGGGAUGCGGCUAGAACCCGGGAAGGUUACUACCGUUACCGUGGCGGCACCCAGUGCGCUGUCAACCGUGCUGUAGCCUUUGCGCCUUUCGCCGAUCUCAUCUGGAUGGAGAGCAAGCUCCCCGACUACGCUCAGGCCAAGGAGUUCGCUGACGGGGUCCACGCCGUCUGGCCCGAACAGAAACUCGCGUACAACCUGUCCCCCUCAUUCAACUGGAAGGCUGCCAUGCCAUGUGACGAGCAGGAAACCUACAUCCGCCGCCUUGGCGAGCUCGGUUACUGCUGGCAGUUCAUCACCCUUGCCGGCCUGCAUACCACCGCUCUCAUCUCCGACCAGUUCGCCAAGGCGUAUGCCAUGCAGGGCAUGCGUGCGUACGGCGAGCUUGUCCAGGAGCCAGAGAUGGAGCUCGGGGUCGACGUUGUUACCCACCAGAAAUGGAGUGGUGCUAACUAUGUUGAUGAGCUGUUGAAGAUGGUCACUGGUGGUAUUAGCAGCACCAGCGCCAUGGGUGACGGUGUGACGGAGGAUCAGUUCAAAUAGAUCCAGCUAGGUAGGUUAGCGUGAUCUGAAGCGAGGCAUGUUUUUUUGUUUCUCAUUUGUCUUGUUAUUUCUCUCAGUACAGUACUGUCUCGCUUGAAGUCAUAUAUAAAAUCUUUGAAAGAUUCUCUGGUAUCAUUUCUAUUUUCCUUGAAUGAAGAGACUAUAUAAUAUUGAGCCAU